ACCGGCAUUUAGUCGGAUCGAGAAAGAUCAAUUGAAAAAGUGAGCAUUUAUCCCGUUUCGAAAGGCUUACUGUUAUCUGCCACACGUAUUUCACACUGCGACGGAAUAAUAUUAUUGUCUGGGAAGACGCAAACAAUUGCCGCCUCUCCAGAUGGACAAAUAGAAGCCAAUUCAUUAAACUUCACAGUGAUAAGAUAAUGCGACGUCGUCGGUAAAAUUGCUCGGUGGCUAUAGCUUGUCAAUUGCGAACGUUCUAUUGUGAAAAGUAGUCCGAGGUUACUAUGUUUCGUGCGUUUCAACGGCGUUCUACAAAGCUAGGCCUAGUGCGCCGAGCAAACCGGUCAAAUUCGUGUUCAAGCCCGCGAUUGUACACUUCAUCCUCAAACAACAACAAGGACACAAGGUUGGGCGAAAGGGUGGAAGCGAACCGGGACAAUCCGAUCUCGCGGACACUGAAACUGCUCGGCAAUGAUAUGCAACGGGUCAAAAAGUUCAUCCUGCCCACUUCCAAAGGAUCUUCGGAAGAAUCGAUCGAAAACUAUCUCGAGCGGUACCGGAGGGACAACUUUCAGUCGCACUGUGACGUCCUUGUGAUUGGUGGCGGCGGAGUUGGUUCCUCGAUCGCUUACUGGUUGAAGAAACGUGCCCGCGAUGGCCUCAAUGUGGUGGUGGUGGAGAAGGAUGCGACAUACGGUCAGGCGUCGACCUGCCUAUCGGUCGGAGGGCUGAGACAACAGUUUUCUAUCGUGGAGAACAUCCAAAUGAGUCUGUACGGGGCCGACUUUAUGCGCCACAGUAACGAGUACCUUGGUCCUGAGGUCGAUUUGAAUUUCACGCCCUACGGCUACCUUCUGCUGGCGAGCGAGGCCGGAGCGGAGCAGCUGAUGGAAAAUUCGAAGCUGCAGAACACGCUCGGUGCCAAGAACGAACUGCUUACCGCAGCCCGAUUGAAGCAACGGUUUCCCUGGAUGAACACUGACGGCAUCGCCUUGGGAUGCCACGGACUGGAGAAAGAGGGCUGGUUUGAUCCGUGGGCGUUGCUGUCCGGAUUCAAGAAACGGGCCAUCGAGUACGGAGCUCACUAUGUGGAAGCGGAGAUGGUCGGUUUCGGGUUCCGCCAACAGCCGGAUAUAUUGGCGGAUGGAAUCGACGAGGGUUCGUACGAGGGCAUCGACCGAGCAUAUCUUAAGAUGAAGGACGGCGAAAUGCGUGAGGUCAAAUUUGCCAUUGCCAUCAUCGCGGCCGGAGCACAGUCUGGCGCCGUGGCACGGAUGGCUCGGAUUGGAACCGGCAAAGGCAUGUUGUCGAUUCCGCUUCCGGUGGAACCGAGAAAGCGCUAUGUUUAUGUAUUUCAAUGCGAGAAUGAUCAGGGGCCGGGCAUCAACACGCCCCUUACGAUUGACCCGAGUGGAACAUACUUCCGGCGUGACGGACUCGGCGGAAACUAUCUGGGUGGUAAGAGUCCGCUACCGGACGAGGAACCUCCCAUCGAUACGCUGGAUGUGGACCAUGGGUUCUUCGAGAAGACCGUAUGGCCCAAUCUGGCCCAUCUGGUGCCGAGUUUUGAGGCAAUCAAAGUGAAAAAUUCGUGGGCCGGAUAUUACGAGUUCAACACUUUCGAUGAAAACGGGAUCGUCGGACCACAUCCUUACUAUAACAACCUUUACAUUGCUACUGGCUUUAGUGGACAUGGCAUCCAACAAACUCCGGCCGUGGGACGGGCCGUUUCGGAGAUGAUCAUCGAUGGAGGAUUCCGGACGAUCGAUUUGACUCGGUUUGGUUUCGAUCGGAUUAUCAUCGAUCAACCGAUGUACGAAGCAAACAUUUUCUAGUCGUUCUACUGUUAAUACAUCCACAACGUUGGUCAA